AAGGAGAAAAUCCAUUGGCUCCAAAAUGACGUCCAGGGAACCAAAGACAAGCCUCAAGAAUGCCUGCGCAUCUGCCAAGAGCCGGCCGCCAGAGGAGGAGGCGGAGGACUACUGUACCCCCGGGGCCUUCGAGCUGGAGCGGCUCUUCUGGAAGGGCAGUCCCCAGUACACGCACGUCAACGAGGUCUGGCCCAAGCUCUACAUCGGGGAUGAGGCUACGGCGCUGGACCGCUACAGCCUGCAGAAGGCGGGCUUCACGCACGUGCUGAACGCCGCCCACGGCCGCCGGAACGUGGACACGGGGCCCGACUACUACCGCGGCAUGGCCAUCGAGUACCAUGGGGUGGAGGCCGACGACGUGCCCACCUUCGACCUCAGCGGCUUCUUCUACUCCGCGGCCGCCUUCAUCCACGCUGCGCUCCACUCCGAUCACAAUAAGAUCCUGGUUCACUGCGCCAUGGGCCGCAGCCGGUCGGCGACCCUGGUCCUGGCAUACCUGAUGAUCCACAGGAACAUGACCCUGGUGGACGCCAUUCAACAAGUGGCCAAGAACCGCUGUGUCCUACCCAAUCGGGGCUUUCUGAAGCAGCUCCGGGAACUGGACAAGCAGCUGGUGCAGCAGAGGCGACAGGCCCAGCACAGCAACGACAGUAAGAAGGCGCUGUCGGCCCCUGGGGCAGCAGGCACACUUGGGAAUGGAGAGGGAAGGCUGAAAUAGCUUUGGCCUGUGGCUGUUUGUCCUGGAGAAGGGACAGUGAAACCAAAGCUUGAGUUCUUCCGAAUCAUCUGAAACUUCCUGGGAGUGUGCUGAUGAACAGGGAGGGUUCAAGGCUGCUCCUGGACGAGUCAGUACUUGGCUUCCCAGCAGAACCGGGGACAGAUGAAUACACAGUUCCGCAGAAAG